GGUGAUGCACUAUGCACUUCUAUGGUGAUAAACAAGAUUGUCGUGCGUCUUUUGCACAAGUCCGAUGUUUACUAUUUAUAAGUAUAAACACAUUUUACUUGAUUUUGAAAUAAAUCAUGGAUAGGGGUAAGAUAAUUCAAGGUCGAGGAGGGAAAGCGAAGACGCAACAACACCCUGCAGACUUGUACGUUCUUGGGCCGAAAUCUUCGCGCAUUGAACCGACCGAAGUGAAGCGCCCAACGGUGGUCCAUGGAAAACCGGGACCCUCUCUUACGUUACCAGGGGGCGAGAGGAAGCGGGAAGCGGUUCCUCUACCCACCGCUGUCCCUCCCAAGAAAACAAAGCUGGUUGGUGCUGCCAUUCUUAGUCGCGUUGGCAGCAGCGGCAGCAGUGGUGGAGCGGAAGCGUGGGAGAUGGUAGCACUGGAGUGUGAGCCGUGUGAUCUGGUCCAGUCUGUGAAGGAAGCAUCGGAUUUGGAUGAAGGAGAUAGAGUGGUGGGUCUGCUGUGUGGUGCCAUACGGUCGCUCCGCGGCCAGCGCUGGAAGCCCGACCCAGUGCUGUACAUGGGGCUCAUCUACCUGGGGCGGGUGUUGCCGUCGCUGUUCGCGUCGGACUGCGUGUGCAACGCCCUGUGCAGCUUGCUGCGCCGGGACACGUCCCACAGUUUCAAGAGCAAGGGCAACCCGCUGGUCCCGGUGCUGGCCGCAAACCUCCUGCUGCGCGGCUUCCAGGACAAGCUCGUCUGGCCGGAGUCCUUCAUCAAGCUGUACGUGGAGGACGCCCUGAGCGACCGCACAUGGGUGGACAACGAGGAGUGCGUGGGCUUCGUCAGCAACAUCAUGACCUCCAUCGAGAGCAGGAAGCCCUCCCGCUCGAUGCUGCAGCCGGACUUUGUGGGGCUGUCCGCCUGCCCGUCGCCCUCCGCGCCCUCCACGCCGGACGACGACGGCCCGGCGGCGGGGAGCGACUCCGCCUCCGCCCCGGACAAGGCUGAGGACAAGACCGAAAUCCCCGUCAUCUGCAGGUAUCCCAGCUCUCAAGAAAACGUGGAAACGAUUGUCAUGGAAGCUGUACGGGAGCAGCUGAACCGCCGGCAGCCAGCUGAGAACAUCACCCGCAACUUCCUUCGCUUGCUGUCAGCUACGUGUGGCCUUGUGGAGGUUCGGUUGGCCGCUACGCCACGCCUGGAGAUGUGGUUUCAGAAUCCGAAGCUGAUCCGGUCAGCACAGGAACUGCUGAUGUCUGUGUGUGUGAAUUGCAACACUCACACCCACAAAGACGUGGAGGUGAUCAGUCACCUGGUGAAGAUUCGGCUGAAGACUAAAGGUUUAAUCAGCCUGUACCUCUCCUGCAUCAGGGAACUGAUGUCCGCCCAUCCCGACAACUUGGCAACGCUGCUGAAGCACACGAUCUACAACGAGCUCUCCAACACCCGCAACCCCAACAACAUGGCAAUGCUGUCUGUCAUGUUCCAGCCGUCGCCCGAGACCGCGGCCACGCUCCUCGCUGAUGUCUUCCUGGAAGUGUUGAUGAACCGUGAGGAUUAUUUGCGGUCCCUACGUGCCGUGCUCCGUGAGAUUGUUCGGGUUGUACGCCACGACGUCAAUCUCCCAGUGCUCUGUCGAGGUCUCAUGGACAAGCGCGAAGGCUCACUGCAGUUCAGAGAUUUCGAAUUCAAGGAGCGAAUGUUCGUAUCGAUUGUGGACCUCUUGACACUCUGCAUAUUCCUGGGUGCGACAUCGCAGGUGAAGGAAGCCUCAUCGCUCCUGGCCCGCGGCGAUCGGAGGGAAAUAGCUGUUUUACAGAACUUUCAGAUGCAAGUGUCCACAAUACAGAAGGAGGCCGUUUGGUGGCUGUACGAGACUGUUCCACGGCUUUACAGGCCGAGUGCAUCUGAAUUCGUUCAUGCUCUUCACAAGGUUCUGUUCAUGGAGCAUUUAGAACAGUAUUAUAACAAAGACAUGUGGCCCCCUGAAGGAGAAAGGGCUCUUUUGAUGCGUCUCGCUUCUGAGGCACCCCUUCUUCAGAACAGUCUUACAAGAAUCCUACUCAUUGGUUUAUCCAAGGAACAUCCAUUGCAAGCACCAGACACCCUAGAACUGGUGGAUCAGCUGCUGAAACGAGCUGCAAUCUUACCAUCCGAAGGUUUUCCCAUGUUGCAAGUGGACAAGGUUGACAUUAUUGACCUCGUGUUCAAUCUGACUGCCUAUCGUCAUCCAGAAAAUAUAGACCUACCCCAAGGGUACUGCCCACCUCAUUUUGCGGUCACCAACUCAUACUGGAAAGCAUGGAUAAUGCUUCUUAUCCUGUCCGCACACAACCCAACUACGUUUGGAAGCCUCGCGUGGGAGAAAUACCCAACUCUACGUGUGUUCAUGGAAAUGUGCAUCACUAACCACUUCUCGUACCCACCCCCCACCAUGGAUAACACCGAGCUUUCUGAAGACGCACAGGCUAAGGAACUUCAGAUGGCAGCCCAGGAGAAGGAGCAGAUUCUGGAGUUCGAGUCGUACUUGGCUGCGGCGUCCACCAAGCAGACCAUUACGGAGCAGACCAGUCUCCUGCUCACGCAGCUCAUCACCCUGGACCCACUGGGGCCUCCUCGAAAACCCCCGCAGUCGGUCCUGGACCAGCUGAAGGCUCUGAACGCAUCUCAUCGCAUGGGGCACCUCCUCUGCCGCAGCAGGCAUCCUGACUUCUUGCUCGACAUCAUCCAGAGGCAGGGAACGUCGCAGUCCAUGCCCUGGCUCGCCGACCUGGUGGAGAACUCAGAAGGGGAUUUCAGCCACCUGCCGGUGCAGUGCCUGUGCGAGUUCCUGCUGAGCUCGUCGGAGAAGCAGAACAAGCACCCCCAGCUGCUGUCGCACCUGCAGAAGGUGCUGGGGGACGCCGGCCAGGACCCGCAGGCGGCCUGCGAGGUCCUCGAGUACUUCCUGCGGCGCCUGGGCUCCCCGCAGGUCGCCAGCCGGCUGCAGGCCAUCAAGGGACUUCGCAUGAUAUUAUCAUCUGUUGUAACUGAAGAUGAACCAAUGGAUGUGGACUCAGGAGAGAUCAAUGACAACACCUCUUGGCUGCUGAGCCGCCUGCCUCGCCUCCCGCACUUCCCCGCGGCGCGGCCCCAAGUGGUGCAGGCCCUGCGACAGGCCUGCCAGGUGGAGAACGAUCCCGCCAUGGUCAGUGGCUACAUCAGCUUCCUGGCCCUGCACGCCAUAGACGACCCCCUGCCGGAACUCUUCGACCUGCUUCUGGACAUGGCACAGCUGAUAGUGGAGCGCAGCUCGAUCGUGGCCGCCAUCUGUCCGGGUCCCGGCAACGACUUCCCUGGCGCCGUGGUCAUCCAGCACUCCCUCAUGCUCAUGUUCUACUGCUACCUGCAGAAGGCUCGUGAGAUGCCGAGAGAGCACAUCUCGUGGAUGGACAGUCAGGAUCAGAUACUGGUUACAUGGUGCACUGGUGAAGUUUGUUCAAUCCACAUUCUGAUGGUUCAUGCCAUAAUCCUGCUACUUUGUUACGGUCCUGGCCACGAUCCCUGUUUGUUUGAGAAUUUACUGGAAAUUUGGUUUCCUGUGAGUAAGGAACCUCCGAAAGGCUACAUUGCUGCUACCUCUCAAGAGGCCAUCCUCAUCCCAGACUGGCUGAAGUUGAAAAUGAUUCGUUCCACCGUCGACCGGCUUGUGGAUGCAGCGCUUACAGAUUUGGAGCCAAAUCAGCUACUGCUUUUUAUUCAGUCGUUUGGGAUUCCUGUGAAAUCCAUGAGCAAGCUCCUGCAGCACCUGGACGGCGCGGUGUCGGCGGACCACCUGGCCGUGGCGGGCGCCGUCAUGGACAAGGGCUACAUCUCCCAGCUGGUGGACGUGCAGCAUCACCGAGGGGCCUCCGGGGGCCGGCAGCUGGCCGAGAUGCUGCAGCUGGACCAGCCUGCCCUCGUGGACUCACCUCUUGCACCAAGUGUCAACCUGCGACCUUGCCUCACUGGAUCCGUGCAGUCUGCCAGCAUGCCGGUCAGAGAUGAAGUCACGCCAUCCACUGUCGGCUCCAUUCUGCACAUCCUCUUUGGCACGAAGGAGUGCGCCAGCAAUGCCAGGCAACCCGUCUUCCGUAGCCUUCAGCAGACACUUGCAUCUGAACUACAGAAGUCCAAAGCUACUCCUGUUACAAGUGCUGUGGUCAAACAUCUCGAACAGCAGUGUAUGUCAGCUGAUGGUAAUUCGUGGAUUCAUAACAUGUUGACAAGACCCGAGACAUCUUGUCCUUUGUUACGGCUGAUUACGCAAGCUGUGGUGAAGUACAAAAUGCCGGGCAAUACAGAUGCACUGGUCAACACCUGCCACAGGGUACUUAAGCACCAGUCAGCCAGCUCGAAAUCUCCCCUUGUGGCAAUUUUCAAGAAAUUCCUACAUGACGUGAACAAGCUCAAAGGCGACAGCAGGCAUAAAAGUAUUUCCUCAGGAAAACAAGACCCUAUCACUGUGCUGGAGAACACGGGGCUGGAGCAGCUGGAGAGAACGGGCAACCACAUCCUGCGGCAGUGCCUGGAACUGCACAGCACGGAGCAGCUGGUGCAAGCCUUGGCCCACCUCCUGGUCAACGAGACCCCGCAGGAGCGCAUCGGCCUGCUCAUCGACUGGCUGGACUCCCUGGAGCUGGAGCUCAUCGGGUCGUGCCCUUCCUUGCAGAUGAAGCUGCUGUUCGGCAAGUUACCCACCAAGCAGUCUUGUCGUCCGUAUCUCCUCACUUUGCUGACGCACCGUGCUGGUUGGCCCACGCUCAGCUCUUGUAUCGAUCACCUUCUGCAGGCGGGCGAUGUCCAAUACGAUCCCACUGCAGUACUUGACUUUUUGUGGGCCAUGACCCACAACCCAAAACUGUGGCAAGGUCGGGAGAAGUUUACCCCCAAGAACCAAGCGUUGGAGAAUGUGUUGCAGCUGACUCCCAACCAGCUGCUGACCCUGGUGGACUACAUGCUGGACGAGGCCCACGGCUGCGACGCGGGCGACGCGCUGGGCGGCCUGGAGUCCCGCCUGCCCCUCCUGCUGCAGUGCCUGGAGGGGGACGCCGAGGUGGGGCUGGUCGCCCGGCACCUGCUCCGGCGCACCGGGGACAAGGCAACUACAGCUCGACAAUUUUUGUUACAUCUGUACCUUCACAUUCCAGCGGUGAAACACCACCUCAAUGACUCGGAAAAUGACAUUCUGGUGCAAGAUUCGUUCUUGAAAGGGUGGAGUCGAAGCAGCUUGGACCAUAUGUCCCACAAUGUGCUGUCAGCAUUGACUGCCACGCUGCAGAGCAAAGACUGGAACCGACGUUCUCAGGAGUAUGAACUGAUGGCUCGCAAAAUGGCAUCCACCCAUCCCUUACUAGUGCUCAGGCAGCUGCCCAUGCUGGCAGCGUCGCUGAGGGGGCGGGCGCACCUGGACGUUUCGGUGCUGCGCUCCAGGAACCACCUGAACCUGUUCCAGCAGGUGAUGGGCAUCCUGGAGCUACUCCAGCCACACGUCUUCCUCCCGGAGCACGAGACCGGGCUCGAGGACGUCUUGAACUGCUUCUUCUCCCUCUACAAGUACCAUUGUCCAUCCAAGGAUCUCAUUCCAUUGCUGAAUCGUCUUGUAGCCUUUCUUCAAGCAUACAUUUGUCAUGAUGCACACCGUGCGCCCCGAUUUCUCCAAAAAUAUUCUAAUGUACUGAAUGAGUUGCAGAUCCACCACCCCAACAUGGCCAGUGUGAGGAACCUGCUGUCGGGGAUCUCCCUGCCGCGCACCUCGCUGGAGGAAGGGGGCGACGUCACGGUGACAGCGGCGAUAGCGCCGGCGCCCCCCCAGCCAGAGCCGCCACUGCACUGGACCUCCCUGCACGCCGCGCUCGGCAAGAUGCAGGGCGAAGACGUGCUGGCGGCGCUGCAGGAGCUGGACCACCUGUCGGUGCGCAAGCCGGCCGCGCUGGACGCCUUCGUGGAGGGCGUGGCGGGGCUCUUGCUGUCGCCGGCCGGCGGCGUGCGCUCCCUGGCCCACACGCUGGUGGCGCGCCACUUCAGGCACAGUCCCGUGGCCGCGGCCGCCGGCCCCGCGCUGGCCGCCUACCUGCGCUGCCUGGGCUCGGACCAGCCCGACGUGCUCAACACCGCCCUCGACCGCCUGCCCGACAUAGUCCUCUGCGCACAAGAACAAGCGCUGCCGCUGCUUGAGAAAGUGUUCUCUCUGGGAGUCAGCUCCAGGAUAUGCACAGCUUCGCACAUCAGUAAAACAGUCGCUCUGCUGAACACCCAGACCGGCUGCUGAACUUUGUACUUUCCAUUCAGUAUUUUGUAUGAAAAUUCAUAUUUAUAAGUGACAGUAAAUAGUACAGAGCUUUUUA